ACUUCAUAACUUUUUUAUCGGCAUGUUCACCAGAUUCCUGUCUCUAUUUAAUGGGGGCAUGAGGGCAUAUAAGGUUCAAGACGUUAAACGGGAACGGCGCGUGGGUGUGACAGCGAAAACUUUUAACGAUCUUCUUGUGAAGGGCUGCGAGAAGCUACAGUUAGACCCGGAGACAGUGACUAUCGUUCUGGAAGAUGAUGGCACACUGGUGGACAGCAACACAUUCUUCCAGAAACUGCCUGCCCAGACAGUCCUUGUCUUCCUCAGAGAGGGCGAGAAAUGGGGUGGAGCGGGUGCGCUGAUCCACGACGCACUCAGCAAGCUGUACAACGUGUCCAGGAAGGCAGAGAUAGCCAGUGAGAUUAGAGAGCUGCUGGUGGGAGAGGGAUCCCCGGAGAAGGUGCACAUCAUCUCUCAGUAUCUGGAGAUGCUGCAGACAGACCCUAACGCCGAGUACAGAUAUGAGGAUGAGGACUGGUUUGAAGGUUUGAACAAAAAGUACAAGACAAAGCAAGAGGUGAUGCGGAACAAUGCACAAACACGCAUUCGUAGCUACUUUAACUCGGCUAAGGAACAAAUUGAGAAGGAGGUAAAGGAUCCAGAAACGAAAGAGAUUCUCACAGAAUGCCUCGACCAGAUGUCAAAUCGGCUAAAAAAGAACGACUUUCACGGGGGAUAUUUUGACCGUACCGCCCGGCCGGCAGAGCGCAUCUGCGACAAGCAAGGCUGGUUUCAGUGCCAGGGACCGUUUGACAGCGAGCGCUGUGACAGCUUUCACACAAUCAACCCGUACGCAUCGCGAGGGUACAGGCAGCUGUUUGGGCUGUGGAACCUGGACCAUGUCAUAGAGAAAUCUCGCGAGAUCCUUCCCACCCUGCUUCAGGCGGUGAAGGUGAAACAGAAACACGAGGAGGUCCAUUGGGAGCAUGUCUACAAGCUGCUGUUCACCAGAGACAACCUCAAACUUGUGCAGGUUGGGUGUCACAAGAAGGCCGCUAGAACGCAGACAUGUGACGUGCGUGACUUUCUUGUCUCCAGUUGAUGUUGGCUGUAACCUAGUGUAUGUGUGUGUUUGUGCGAAAACUGGGCUAAAUGCAUGUGCGGCCCAUAUUAGCGUGUGCAGGUGAAAAAAUAAUUCUUUAACAACAAAAAUUCUUAGGGGAAUCUUUUAGGCUGAAACUAUCUUGAGUUGAUUUGUUUUCAUUAGUAAGAAUUAUUAAGCAGUAUGGCCAUUUGAGAUUGAUAUGGUAGUCAAUUACCAAUGUUUAAUUGGGUUUGCUCAUAUUCUCAGGUUUUAGCUCAUCUGAGCCAAAUCCAAAAAAAAUGGGUUUUAGUAAUGAAAACUUCAAAAAUCUCCUCUGAGAUCUGUAAGGCCCAGAUGUCAAACAUUAUGUAUGUUAUGUCAUCUAACGGUCUGCGACAAAGUUUGUCCAAAUUAUGCCCCUCUUUUGCUUAUUUUACAUAGACUUGUAAAGGGAAAACCUUGGCAAAAAUUUUGGUCCGAAUUGGUCAAGCCCGAUUCAUUCAUAUUUGGUAUGAAGUACCAUUUAGAAGUCAGGAAUGUUAUAAGAUUAUAACUAGAAGGCACAUUUUGGAAUUGAGGCAAAUCUUUCGGAAUUUUAGGGGUGGGGGUGGUGUCAGAGUUUGUUAGCUCAUCUAUUUAUUUUUUUUAAAUUAUGAGCUAUUGUCAUCACGUCGGCGUCGGCGUCCGGUUAAGUUUUGCGUUUAGGUACACUUUUCUCAUAAAGUAUCAAUGCCAUUGCAUUCAAACUUGGUACACUUACUUACUAUCAUGAGGGGACUGGGCAGGCAAAGUUAGAUAAUUCUGGCUUGCAUUUUGACAGAAUUAUGUGCCCUUUUUAUACUCAGAAAAUUGAAAAUUUUGGUUAAGUUUUGUGUUUAGGUCCAUUUUAUUCCUUAAUUAUCAAAGCUAUUGCUUUCAUACUUGCAACACUUACUAACUAUCACGAGGGGACUGUGCAGGCAAAGUUAUGUAACUCUGACUGGCAUUUUGACAGAAUUUUGUGCCCUUUUUAUACUUAGACAAUUGAAAAUUUGGUUAAGUUUUGUGUUUAGGUCCACUUUUUUCCUAAAGUAUCAAAGCCAUUGCUUUCAUACUUGCAACACUUACUAACUAUCGUAAGGGGACUGUGCAGGCAAACUUAUGUAUCUCUGACUGGCAUUUUGAUGGAAUUAUGUGCCCUUUUUAUACUUAGAAAAUUGAAAAUUUGGUUAAGUUUUGUGUUUAGGUCCACUUUUUUCCUAAAGUAUCAAAGGCAUUGCUUUCAUACUUGCAACACUUACUAACUAUCGUAAGGGGACUGUGCAGGCAAAGUUAUGUAACUCUGACUGGCAUUUUGACGGAAUUAUGGGCCCUUUAUACUUGAAAAUUUGGUUAAGUUUUGUGUUUUGGUCCUCUUUACCCCUAAAAUAUCAUAGAUAUUGCUUUCAUUCUCGGAACGCUCGCACACUAUCAUAAGGGGACAGUAAAGGACAAGUUGCAUAACUCUGGUUGUCAUUUUUACCGAAUUAUGGCCCUUUUUUGACUUAGUAACAUUGAAUAUAUGGUUACAUUUUGUGUUCAGAUUCACUUUACUUCUAAAGUAUCAAGGCUAUUGCUUUUAAACUUUCAAUACUUUCAUGCUAUCAUGAGGGUACUGUACCUGGCAAGUUGAAUUUUACCUUUACCUUUGAAUGACCUUGACUGUCAAGGUCAAAUUAUUAAAUUUUGCUAAAAUUGCCAUUACUUCUUUAUUUAUGAUAAGAUUCGAUUGAUACUACGACAAAAGAACUCUUACCUGACAUACCACAAUUGAUUCCGUCCAAACCAUCCCUCCCCCGCCCCAUUAUUUUUUGUUAUAUUAAAGAUCAUCUAAUAAAUGACCACCACACCCUCACACUUUACCCCACCCCCACCCCAAAAAUUUUUUUUAUGCCCCCAGUAGGGUGGCAUAUAGCAGUUGAACUGUCCGUCAGUAUGUCAGUCAGUCUGUCUGUCAGUCCGAAAAAAACUUUAACAUUGGCCAUAACUUUUUCACUUUUUAAGAUAGCAACUUGAUAUUUGGCAUGCAUGUGUAUCUCAUGGAGCUGCACAUUUUGAGUGGUGAAAGGUGAAGGUCAUCCUUCAAGGUCAAAUGUCAAAUUUAUGGUGUCUGUCCGUCCGAAAACUUUAACAUUGGCCAUAACUUUUUCAAUAAUGAAGAUAGCAACUUGAUAUUUGGCAUGCAUGUGUAUCUCAUGGAGCUAAACAUUUUGAGUGGUGAAAGGUCAAGGUCAUCCUUCAAGGUCAAAUGUCAAAUAUAUGGCGUCUGUCCGUCCGAAAACUUUAACAUUGGCCAUAACUUUUUUUAAUAUUGAAGAUAGAAACUUGAUAUUUGGCAUGCAUGUGUAUCUCAUGAAGCUGCACAUUUUGAGUGGUGGAAGUUCAAGGUCAAGGUCAUCCUUCAAGGUUAAGAAAAAAAAAUUCAAAGCGGCGUACUCAUGAAGCUGCACAUUUUGAGUAGUGGAAGUUCAAGGUCAUCCUUCAAGGUCAAAGGUCAAAAAACAAAUAAAAAAUUUCAAAGCGGCAUUAUCAUGAAGCUGCACAUUUUGAGUGGUGGAAGAUUAAGGUCAAGGUCAUUCUUCAAGGUCAAGGUCAUCGUUCAAGGUCAAAGGUAAAAAAAAUAAUCAAAGAGGCGUUAUCAUGAAGCUGCACAUUUUGAGUGGUGUAGGUUCAAGGUCAAGGUCAUCCUUCAAGGUCAAGGUCAUCCUUCAAGGUCAAAGGUCAAAUAAAAAAAAAUUUAAAAGCGGUGUUAUCAUGAAGCUGCACAUUUUGAGUGGUGGAAGUUCAAGGUCAAGAUCAUCCUUCAAGGUCAAGGUCAUCCUUCAAGGUCAAAGGUGAAAAAAAAUAAAUAAAAAAAUUCAAAGCGGCGUUCUCAUGAAGCUGCACAUUUUGAGUGGUGGAAGUUCAAGGUCAAGGUCAUUCUUCAAGGUCAAGGUCAUCCUUCAAGGUCAAAGGUAAAAAAAAUAAUAUUUUAAAGCGGCGUUUUCAUAAAGCUGCACAUUUUGAGUGGUGGAAGUUCAAGGUCAUCCUUCAAGGUCAAGGUCAUACUUCAAGGUCAAAGGUGAAAAAAUAAAUAAAAAAAAUUAAACCAGUGUUCUCAUGAAGCUGCACAUUUUGAGUGGUGGAAGUUCAAGGUCAAGGUCAUCCGUCAAUGUCAUCGUUCAAGGUCAAAGGUGAAAAAAUAUAUAAAAAAAUUUAAAGCGGCGUUCUCAUGAAGCUGCACAUUUUGAGUGAUGGAAUGUCAAGCUCAUUCUUCAAGGUCAAGGUCAUCCUUCAAGGUCAAAGGUAAAAAAAUUUAUAAUAAUUUCAAAGCGGCGUUAUCAUAAAGCUGCACAUUUGAGUGGUGGAAGUUCAAGGUCAUCCUUCAAGGUCAAGGUCAUCCUUCAAGGUCAAAGGUAAAAAAAAUAAUAUUUUAAAGCGGCCUUCUCAUAAAGCUGCACAUUUUGAGUGGUGGCAGUUCAAGGUCAAGGUCAUCCUUCAAGGUCAAAGGUAAAAAAAAAAUAAAAUAAUAAUUUCAAAGCAGCGCAAUAGGGGGCAUUGUGUUUCUGACAAACACAUCUCUUGUUUUUUUCAAACAUGGUUAAAAAACACAAAUAUUUAUUUUUAUUAUUUUAUUUUUGAAAUACCGUCCAACCAUCCCACCCAAGAAUCCCCCCCCCCCAAAAAAAAAAUUUACUUUUUUUUGCUUUUUUUGCAUUUUUGGAAGAUAAUGUAAUAAAUGAUCACACCCCCACUCUUUACACCACUCUCCACUCCACCCCUUCAUCCUUUGUGAUUGAAAUCGAGAUAGGUCCCUACAUUUUUAAAAAUAAAAAUAGAUGAGCAGUCUGCACCCGCAAGGCGGUGCUCUUGUUUUUUAUUGAGAUGCACCAUUCUAGUAUUUGAUCAUGUGUAAACAGAUAAUUUUCCAUAGUUCAUCUAUCAAAAUUUACCACUCAAAUAUUUUAAUUUUGAAAAUGUAGUAUUUUAAUAAAUAUUUCAAUUGUUAAUGUAGAUGGGGGGGUCUGGGGGGCAUUUCCCUUAAUGACAUUUUUCUUUAAUGCUGGAUUCCAUUAUUUUAGCUUGUCUUAAUACACAUUAUGUUUCAUUUUAAAUAUCAACAUUUUAACAUUUUAUUUGUAUUUCAUUUUAAAUUUUCAAGGCAGUGUCUUGGGCAUGAUCCUCACAAACGUUUUGUCCCCUACUGGUUUCACCGAAGGGGACUUAUGGUUUGCGCUCUGUCUGUCAGUCUGUCUGUCAGUCAGUCACACUAUUCUGGAUCCUGCUAUAACUUUAAAAGUUCUUAAUAUUUUGUCAUGAAACUUGAAACAUGGUAAGAUGGCAAUAUGGACAUUAUGCAAGUCAUUUCAUUUUGUUCCUACGUCAAAAAUUCUGGUUGCUAUGGCAACACAUAGACUAGAAAUACUGCUGAAAAUGGUGGUUUUCUGGAUCCUGCGAUAACUUAAAAAGUUCUUAAUAUUUUUUCAUGAAACUUGAAACAUGGAUAUAUGGCAAUAUGGACAUUAUGCACAUCAUUUCAUUUUGUUCCUACGUCAAAAAUUCUGGUUGCUAUGGCAACAAAUUAAAAAUUCAAACAAUUCUGACAAUGAUGGAAUUUCUGACAAUGGUGGAGCCGGUAGGGGACAUAUAUUGCUUGGCAAUAGUCUUGUUUAUAAUGAAUCAUUCUUCCUACUAAAAAAACUCACUCUAGUGUAAUAUUCCUUCAACUUGAAUGUACUUAAAAUUAGGAAUUAUUAUUAUUCCGAGAAGAGAACAUUUGCUAAAUUAAAAUAAAUAACAUUUGUAAACAUAAUACCAUGUAAAACAUUAUAAAAACACUUGCACAUCAACAAAAGUAGAAGACCAAUGAAAGUUGUAAUCAUGCACAAAUAUUCCAACCUUUCUAAUGCAUUUUUAGGAACAGCUAAUUUGUUUUUCAAACACUACCCUAAAGGGUAAAACUUGGCCAGGCCCAGGGGAAUAAAUGGUUAAUAAGGACUUUAAUUAUGAAAAUAAGUUGACAAUUUCUUCUCCUUAACUCCAAUGUCCAGAGAUUUAAAAUUUGUAUGUAACAUCAAAUUGUAGUCCUCAACACAGUUGUAUGAUCAUCUUUUAUGGUUUCAAGUUGUCACUCUCUGGGGAAUUCUCUCUCUCUCAUAAUUGAUAUAGACUUGUGUAGAAAAAUGGCUUUAAAAUUUAUAUCUGAAACCACAAGGAUCCAAGACUUUAUAUUUGGUAAGUUACAUUAUAAGCUUUGAUAUUUGGUAUGUGACAUCAGAUGUAGGUCCUAUACAAAGUUUGUUCUAAUCAUGCACCUGGGGUCAAAACUGGACAUGCCCCAAAUAGUCACAAUAUUUAU